AUGGCCACCGGCGUCACCUCUUCGGUUCCCAACUCGGCGAGCGCGUCGCCCACCCGCCGCACGUACACCUUCCCUUCGCCGGAGCUCGACCGCGACACCGUGACCGCCGUCGUCCGCGCGUCGGUGGACUGCCCCGAACGGCUCUACAACAAGAUCGGCUCGAUGGCCGCUAUGGUUAAAGGCGCGCUCUUUGUGUGGGAGAAGUUUGCGGCGGCGGGCCUCCCCAUUGACCGCCCCACCGAAAUCACGGAUGCAGUCGUCGCCGCCUUUCGCGCCGGAUACACCGUCUACUUCCGCCGCGCGGCGUGCGACACCACCGACGCCGCCAUCGCCGCUACCGGAUACCCCGCGUACCACCCCCUCCUCGAUGCCGCUGAGUUCGGCGAAUUCGCCCUCAAGACUCUCGAGUUCCUCGUGAUGCCUCAGGCGAACGGCACCGCUCGCGUCGCCGCCGACACCGAGAUUGUUGCGGGUGCUGCGGCGUAA